GAGCCGGGGGCGGGGCGAAUCGCGGAGUGGAGGGAGCGGCCGACUCGGUGCUCGGACUCAGCAUGGAGGGGGCCGGGCCGGCGGGGCAGCUGCGGCAGGAGGGGAACCGGCUCUUCCAGGCCGGGGACUACGCGGCGGCGCUGGCCUCCUACACGCGCGCCCUGGAGCUGUGCGCGGGGCCCCCGGAGCGCGCCGUGCUGCACCGCAACCGGGCCGCCUGCCACCUGAAGCUGGAAGAUUACGCCAAUGCAGAAGCUGAUGCGUCUAAAGCCAUCGAAGCCGAUGGCCACGACGUGAAGGCGCUGUUCCGCCGCAGCCAGGCGCUGCAGAAGCUGGGCCGCCUGGACCAGGCAGUCUAUGACCUGCGCAGAUGUGUGAGCCUGGAGCCCAGGAACAAGGCUUUCCAGGAGGCAUUGCACGAUCUGGGGAGCAGCAUGCAGGAGAAGAUGAAGCUCAUGUCCUGCACAGACUCCAAAGUAGAGCAGAUGUUUCAGAUCUUACUGGACCCCAAAGAGACAGACACAGACAAAAAACAGAAGCCCUGCGGCCGCUCCUGCGAGUGUGGCUUGCCAACCUGCUCCCGAACGGCUCUUGUCUCCCAGGCAGCGCAGAACCUGAUUGUGCUGGCCCGGGAAGAGGCUGGGGCGGAGAAGAUCUUCCAGAGCGACGGCGUGCGGCUGCUGCUGCGCAUGCUGGACACGGGCAGAGAGGACGCGAUGCUGGUGGCUCUGCGCACCCUGGCUGGCCUGUGCUCUGGGCACCGUUCGCGGACCAUGGCCAUCCUCGCGGAGCUGGGGGCACCACGCGUCUCGGCCAUGCUGGGAGUGGAGCACGAGCAGGUGUCUCUGGCGGCCUGUAACCUGCUGCAGGUCAUGUUCGAUGCGCUGAAGGAGGGGCUGCAGAAGGACUUCCGUGGCAAGGAGGAAGCCCUUGUACUGGAUCCCUCGAAGGAGCUGAAGCUGCUGAUCGGGCACCUCUUGGAAAUGCUGAACCAGGAGGGGACCUCGGCCCACGGCCGCGAAAACACCCUCAACCUCCUCAUCAAAGUGGUGCCGCGGAAAUCACUGCGGGACCCCAACAACAGCCUGACCCUCUGGGUCAUCGACCAGGGCCUGAAGAAGAUCCUGGAGGUGGGGGGCACAGUGUGUGAGGCCCCUGGCAGCCUGCCUGCGACAGAGAACAGCCGGAUGAGCGCUGCCGUCCUGCUCAGCAAGCUGUACAGUGACCUGAAGUGCGAUGCCGAGAGAGAGAACUUCCACCGGCUGUGUGAAGACUAUGUCAGGAGCUGGUUUGAGGGGCCUGGGUUGGCUGGGAAGCUCCGUGCCAUCCAGACGGUGUCGUGCCUGCUGCAGGGUCCCUCAGAGGCUGGGAACCAGGUGCUGGAGCUGGAGGGGAUCAUGGAGAGCGUGCUGGCUCUGUGUGCCUCCGUGCGGGAGGUUGACCAGCUGGUGGCCGUGGAGGCUCUGAUCCAUGCCGCUGACAAGGCCAAGCGGGCGUCUUUCAUCACGGCCAACGGAGUGACCCUGCUCAAGAACAUCUAUAAGUGCAGCGGGAGGGACAGCAUCCGCAUCCGGGCCUUGGUGGGGCUCUGCAAGCUGGGCUCUGCCGGAGGCACCGAUUUCAGCAUGAAGCAGUUCGCUGAGGGCUCCACCCUGAAACUGGCCAAGCAGUGCCGCAAGUGGCUGUGUAACGAGGCGAUCGACGCAGGCACACGGCGCUGGGCGGUGGAGGGCCUGGCCUACCUCACCUUCGAUGCGGAUGUCAAGGAGGAGUUUGUGGAGGACAAGGCAGCUGUGCAGGCCAUGUUCCAGCUGGCCAAGUCAGAGGACAGGAGCGUGCUGUUCGCAGUGGCCUCGACGCUGGUGAACUGCACCAACAGCUACGACCACAAGGAGCCAGACCCCCAGCUGCUGGAGCUGGCCAAGUACGCCAAGCAGCACGUCCCAGAGCAGCACCCCAAGGAUGAGCCAGGCUGUGUGAGGCGGCGGGUGCGCAAGCUGCUGGCUGCUGGCGUGGUGUCAGCUCUCAUCUGCAUGGUGAAGAGUGAAAACCCGGCGCUGACCAACUCCUGCCGGGAGCUGAUCUCCAGGGUGUUCCUGGCCGUGGUGGAGGAAGCAGCGGACAGAGGCAGCGUGGUGGCCCAGGGAGGGGGAAAGGCGCUCAUCCCGCUGUCCCUGGAGGGUACCAAGGUGGGGCAGGCCAAAGCAGCGCAGGCACUGGCGAAGAUCACCAUCACCUCCAACCCCGAGAUGGCGUUCCCCGGAGAGCGGAUCUACGAGGUGGUCAGACCCCUGGUGAGUCUCCUGCACCUGCACCACACCGGCCUGGAGAACUUUGAGGGGCUGAUGGCGUUAACCAAUCUGGCCGGGAUCAGCGAGAGGCUGAGGCAGAAGAUCCUGAAGGAGAAAGCGGUGCCCAUGAUUGAGGGCUACAUGUUUGAGGAGCAUGAGCUGCUCCGCCUGGCGGCCACCGAGUGUAUGUGCAACAUGGCCAUGAGCAUAGAGGUGCAGGAGCUCUUCCUGGCCGAGGGCAGCGACCGGCUGAAGCUGCUGGUCCUGUACAGUGGGGAGGACGACGAGAAGCUGCGGCGAGCAGCCUCCGGCACCUUGGCCAUGCUGACCUCACUGCUGCCCCAGAUCUGCGGGAAGAUCACCCAAGUGACGGCUCACUGGCUGGAGAUCCUGCAGGCCUUGCUGCUCAGCCCUAAUGUGGAGCUGCAGCACCGCGGCGCUGUGAUCGUGCUGAACAUGAUGGCGGCAGACCGGGAGAUUGCAGCCAAGCUCAUGGAGAGUGAGAUGCUGGAGAUCCUGUCCGUGCUCGCCAAGGAGGAGCGGGACAAGCCCCGUGUGGCCCAAGCUGCCAAGGAGUGCCUGGCGCAGGCCGUGGCAUGUGGGCUGAUCAAACCCAACGUGAACGGAGAGUGACUGGCCACCCUGGCAGGGUUCUCCUUCCUGUGUGCACACACUGCUCUGGGCUUGUAACACCCCCAGCUGCGGCUCGGGAAAGAUGCUGCCUUCGGGGGGCGGGAAGGGAGUGUGGGCUGAGCUUGCCUCUUCUAUCUUGUCUUAACCUACACGUGUAGGCAAGGCUCUCAGGUACAUUUCUUCUCUGCACCUGCAUGCUGCAGGGUCCCCUCACAGCCCCUGCUGGGAGCUCUCUGCAGGCAUCCAUGUCCUGCCGCACCCUGCGCUUGUCUCUGCCUGCCUGAGCAACACGCUCAGCCGUGCGCUCCCCAGACGGCACCUGCUGCCCCCCCCCAGGAGCGGCCUUUGCACCUGCACCUCUUCUUGUGCCUAACACACAUCUCUCCUCCACGUGCUCUGACCUUCACGGCUCUGCCCCGGGCUGGCAGGGAGGGGCAGGCUUCAGUCACAGCGGCUCUGGGGUGAGGGGCUGGCUGCUGUUGAGCGGUGAGGCGGUGCCUGGGCUGGAGGGGCCGUGCCCUGGGUCAGUGCUGCGCUGCGCUGCGGGGGGCCGAAGCAGUGAUUUCCCUACACCGCCCCUGAAUUUUCCCAACACCCCCCCCCAGUUUUGUGAGCUAGUUACAUACCAAUUUAGUGACUGUUUGGAAAUCUGAA